AUGGGCGGAGCUUCUGAUAUAGAGGAGGAAACGGUCGUUGUCGUUGCUGUACUUCUCGGUGCGAUUGCUGUCUUCAGACAUCCAUCGGAUAAUAUCAUAGAAGACGUUGGUGGCGCUGUAAGCGGAGCCAUUAUGACAAUAAAUACUAGCAGAUAUUCUCCUAUUUUUGUCGUCUUCACUGGCCUACUUUUAAGCUCAGCACCAGCAGAGAGCUCUGCUUGGAUCUAUGAAGCUGUUGAUGAAAGCGAGCUGAUAGAAGCUCGUCAUAUCGGCCAACAAGCAAAAAAUGAAUAUUUGGAUAAAAUACAAGGACUGACAGAUCAGAAAAUCAAAAGUAACUAUUAUUUGGAUGGAUUAGAAAAAUGUAAUGAAAUAAAUAAGAAUUUUACUGUAGAAAUUGAAUCAACUGUCUUAAGAAAUGCACAUGCUGAGAACUCAUUAUGGUUACAGAAAGCUGGUGUCAAACAAUUCAUUGCAUUAUUCAUGACAUUACCUAAUAACUUGAUGCAAACAGUUUCUCAUCAGGCUUGUUUAAAACAUGAAAAGCAACUAGAAUGUGGAUCAGAAUUCGAAGGUCAUGAAAUGACUUUAAAACGAAUUGAAGACUUAAAAACAAUUGGUAACCAUCGUCUGAUGUUCGAAAAAGAAUGUUCAUCAACAUCAUUCGUAACUUCAGUAUAUCCAUGUAUUGGCAAUGAUGUAGCCACAUGGAUGAAACCAUGUGCUAGUCUUGUUAACUCAUAUGCAACAAUGCGUGAACAUAUAAAUGAACAAAUUGAAACCAUUUAUGAUAAUGCUGUUCAGACAAUAAAGCGUCUGCCAGAAGAUGAAAAAAGUUCGGGCAAACCGCUAUUCCAUAAGACAAUGAAACAAAUAACUCAGUUGGAAGGAAUCAAAUGCGAAAAGUUUAAAAUGAUGAGAUUAUGUACUAUGCGACGUCUGCUCAACAAAUGUGGAACUGAAGCUGUACGAGCAUACAACACAAGCAUAUCAGUCGGAUAUCUUAGAACAGAACGACGUGAACGACUCAAUUUGGAUUUUGAAGUCUUCAACUAUCCAACUCACAUCAAUUGUGCCGGUCUAUAG